UGGAGUGUGUGGGCAGAGUGGAAGGAGUGCAGCAGUGACUGUGGUGGUGGCGUUCAGACCCGGAGCCGUACCUGUCAAUCUCCCCCAGAGGAGAUGUGUGAGGGAGUAGUGGAGGAGGGAAGGCCCUGUAACCCUCAGCCCUGCAGUGGCAAAGGCCGUCAUCUCUCUCGCAGCCAAUCACUUCGCUCCGUGGACAGCCGCAAGCGCGAUGGCGGCGGUGGCGAGGUAGACAAGACGCGGGGCGGUGGCGGCGGACAGCAGGCCCCACAGACAGUGGACCAGGCUGCGUCAGGUGAGGAGUGGUCGUCGUGGAGUGUGUGUUCGGCCACGUGCGGUGAGGGCUGGCAGAGCCGCACGCGUUUCUGUGUCUCCUCCUCCUACAGCACCCAGUGCAGCGGCACACUCCGAGAGCAGAGGCCCUGCAACAACUCUGCCGUCUGUCCAGCCGCUCUGAUUGCAGUGCACGGGACUUGGGACGAGUGGUCGCCAUGGAGCUUGUGUUCGUCAACCUGCGGCCGUGGUUACCGGGAUCGCACGCGAAGCUGCAAGCCCCCUCAGUUUGGGGGAGACCCCUGUAUGGGGCCGGAGAAACAGACCAAGUUCUGCAACAUCGCUGUCUGCCCAGUUGAUGGAGUGUGGAAUGAGUGGGCUAAUUGGGGUUCAUGCUCUGCGUCCUGCUCCAACGGGACCAUGCAGCGCAUCAGGGAGUGUAACGGACCUUCGUACGGAGGAUCAGAGUGUCGCGGGGAGUGGAUAGAGACCAGAGACUGCUUCCUACGGGAGUGCCCAGUGGAGGGGAAGUGGCAUCCUUGGACGUCGUGGGUGGGCUGCACCAAGACAUGUGGUGGGGGGAGCCAACAGAGACAGAGGAUUUGCUAUGGGCCCUUCUUUGGGGGUGAAAAUUGUCCUGGAGAUCGGGAGGAGGUGCGACGCUGCAAUGAGAAGCGGUGUCCAGAGCCUCAUGAGAUCUGUGCAGAAGAGAACUUCUCCAACGUAGUGUGGAAAAUGACUCCAGCAGGGGACACAGCGGCCGUACGCUGCCCUCCCAAUGCCAAUGGGCUGAUCCUGAGGCGGUGCACCCUGGAUGAUGAGGGAAUAGCCUACUGGGAGAACCCCACUUAUAUGAAGUGUAUCUCCAAUGACUACCGCAGCAUCCAAACACUGACUCGGGAACACCUGUCCAAGGCCCAGCGGGGGCUUGUGGGGGAUGGAGUUUCAGAGGUGAUGACCAAGCUCAGGGUGACGUCCAGUGAUGGGACCAGCUACAGUGGAGACUUGCUGGCCAUAGUGGACGUACUGAAGAACAUGACAGAGAUCUUCAGAAGGGCCUACAACAGCCCCAGCAAUGCAGACAUGAGAAACUUUGUCCAGUCAGUCAGUAACCUGCUGAUGGAGGAGAACAGAGAGAGAUGGGAAGAAGCACAACUGGUGAGUUGGUCUCUUUCUCUUCUUCUCACAGACUCACUGGCGCUUCUUUAUGCACACACAUGAGCUAGCAUGCAUGGUCACAGUUUGUGCUCCUUCU